GAAAGAAGGAAGAAUGAACAAAGAAAAAAAAAGAAAAAACGGGAAUUGGGCAGAAGGAAGCAGAAGAAAAGAAAAAGGGAAGAAUCAGAAUGGAAGAAGAAAAAAGAUAGUAGAAGGUUAAAGGAAGAAGAACGAAGGGAAAAGGAAGGAGAAAGAAGUAAGAAGGAAGAAGUGAGAAGAAAAAAUUAG